AUGUAUAAAAAUCAAACAAAAAAUAAAUAAAGGAAUGAAUAAAUUAAAAAGAUUAGUUAUGUUGUUUUAAAUAAAUUUUUAUAUCAAAAAUAUUACACUCAAAAACUGAUAAACAAUUUUUACUCAAUAUAAGGUGUCAAAUUAUUUAGAUUAUUUUAUUAAAUUAUAAACUAAGACUAAUAUAUCAAUUAAAUAGAAAGGCCUGCUAGAGUUGGAAAGUUAGAAGGCCUUUGCUAAGAUAAAAGAUAGCACCCCUUUAUUCAGAAAAAAUUUAUGUAAAUAAGAAAGUAAUAGGAGACCUAAAAGGCAAAUUGGAAGCCACCUCGAUGA